CCCCCUCGAUGUAUCCCACUUAAUCCUGUUUCCCCCUCUCCAUCCCCUCUCCAUCCUCACGCCUGCUCCACUCCGCACAGCCCUCCAGCUGGCCUCUCCCUGAUCACCACAUCCACUGGGGUAAAGAGCAAUCAUGUCAGCUGAACGCUUUGACUGUCAUUACUGCAAGGACUCUCUGCUGGGUAAGAAGUAUAUUAUGAAAGAGGACACACAGUACUGCACUAAAUGCUACGAGAACCUGUUUGCCAACUGCUGUGAGGAUUGUACUCUACCCAUUGGGUGCAACUGCAAGGACCUGUCUUAUAAGGAGCGCCACUGGCAUGAGCAGUGCUUUAAGUGUGCCAAGUGCAGUCGCCCCCUAGUGGAGAAGCCCUUUGCUGCCAAGGACGAGCUUCUGCUCUGCACUGACUGCUACUCCCAUGAGUACUCCUCCAAGUGCACCACCUGCAAGAAGACCAUAAUGCCUGGCUCCCGCAAAAUGGAGUACAAGGGGAACAGCUGGCAUGAGACCUGCUUCCUUUGCCACCGCUGCCAGCAGCCAAUGGGAACCAAGUCCUUCAUCCCCAAAGACACCGGCUACUUCUGCGUGCCCUGCUUUGAGAAGCAGUUUGCCUACCAGUGCUGCGCCUGUAAGAAAGCCAUCACCACUGGUGGGGUGACCUACAACGACAAGCCCUGGCACCGGGAGUGUUUCCUAUGCAUCGGCUGUAAGAAGCAGCUGUCCGGCCAGCGCUUCACCUCCAGAGAGAACUUCCCCUACUGCCUUGAUUGCUUCAGCCACCUCUAUGCUAAGAAGUGUGUGGGCUGCACCGAGCCCAUCACCAGCCUGGCCGGGGCUAAGUACAUCUCAUUCGAGGAGCGUCAGUGGCACAGCGAGUGUUUCACCUGCAUGCAGUGCUCCGUGUCCCUGGUGGGCCGCGGCUUCCUCACCCAGCGUGACGACAUCCUCUGCACCGACUGCGGCCGCGAGAAGUGACCUCGCCCUGGCGUCGCAACCCUCCAACGGGCCACUGCAGAGCACCAGACCAGCGUUGAGGAACACCAAGCUUGUUGGUCAUUUAUUAACGAAUCCUAAUGCGUACAUCAAGUCUUUCUUUUCACUGCACUCAUAUUUACCGUGGUGGACGACUGUGUCUUGGCCUCUGUAAUAAAAAGAACUGGGUGUCCUGUU